UGUUAGACUAUUGACAAGCGAUGGUAUUGGAGCUCUCCUCAGCAUCUUCGAGAUAGUAGCAUUAUCAUUGCCAAAACAGACGUUAAAGAGAUUACUUAGCGCAUCUUAGAGCGGAAGAAUUUAGUUCCUGUCUGUAACUUAAGAGAAGUUAGGAUGAGUUCCCCAGACGGGCAUUCGGAUUCUAUCGGACACCAAGACAGCAUCAGUACUUCGAUGGCGGACUCUCAACCCCCUCCGUUAUUUUUAAGAGCAUCUGAACGAUUUCCUAGGACCCCAAAAUGUGCCCGUUGUAGGAAUCAUGGAGUAGUAUCAGCGUUGAAAGGACAUAAGCGUUACUGUCGUUGGAGGGACUGUGUCUGCGCUAAGUGUACCUUGAUUGCGGAGAGACAGCGAGUGAUGGCCGCUCAGGUCGCUUUAAGGCGGCAACAGGCCCAGGAAGAAAACGAAGCUAGGGAAUUGGGCCUUCUUUACGGACCUUCUGGACUUCUUAGCAUUAACAGCGAAAGUCUACCAACACCAGAAGCACGACAUUACGAAAUGGCCAUGUACAUGCAGCCAGAUCCUACAAGGGCACCCGAUGCCAAACGUCUCCGCACAGAUUCCAGCAACGCUAGUCAAUGCAGCCAGUCACCAAGUCCAUCAGGGAAAUCUUUGGCCAGUCCAGUAGGAAGUGAUGUCGAAGACGGUGACAGGCAGAUUGUACCGGAGCAAGACAAGUCAGACUCGCCCAAGCCUUCGACUCCUACUUCUCCAGCGCGGUCAAACCAGGAUCCAGAAACGUCAUUCACUGCGCCUCCGAAAAGAGCAUUGUCAAUGUCAUCACCAGAGCGGACGGAACACAGUGAAGUCCGGUUACCCGGGACGCCGAUAUACGGUCAUGCCAGUCAUCAUACGAGUGCUAGCGUGAUGCAGGCGCUUCACAGAGACGGUCGGGACAAGCGUCCACCAAUUGAAAUGCUGAGUCGAGUGUUUCCACACAUGAAACGCAGCGUCCUUCAGUUGAUACUGCAGGGCUGUAACAAUGACGUUGUGCAGGCGAUUGAACAAGUGUUGAACAACCACUCAGAGACUGGCCCUACCCCGCCUGCGGCUCAUUCGGGCCGGAGCGCCAUCAACCACAAGCCGUACGCGACCACCGCACCAACAACAGCAACAUCUACCGUCAAGUCCGCUUUCUCUCCUAUCAACAAUGUCGGACACAACCUGAACUCUUUACAACAGUAUGCUUACGCGACGAACUCUCGCGGUUUGGCUUUUAUGCCGUACGCGCCAAACUUUUUGCCAAAUCUGCCAAUGGGGGCUGCUGCUACGGCUUAUAAUUACGGUGCUUUGGCCAGUGCUUGCUCAACGGUCAAAUCAAAUUUAUAUGGACUCAAUCCGUAUCUUUAUGGGACUCCUUCUCUAGAAAAACAAAAUGGCAGUUGCUAGGACUCAUCACAUAAACUUAGCGGACAGUAACAUUGCCAUCAACGCAGGGCUUCGGCACCAGUUCAUGAAAUGCACAUUCCGACAACCUCUGUAUAUAAAGUCUUGCUUUCCUGCAUUUCCCCUGUCGAAAGGUCAAUGUCAAGAGAGAUGCAGCAUUUCUCUGACAUCAACGUUGUUGCCGAAUUUCAUCAUGUUCUCCCAAGUCUCCCAAUUUCCUAGUUGUAGUUCUGUCACUAGUAUGAUGAUCAGGGUUUGAAAGUGUAAAUGGAAUGAUAGUAUUUAUCUGUAAAUUAUUACAUAUUAUAUAAAUAGACCUGCAUAUUGUAACGGUAAUCGUACAAAGGUGUAAAUGGUGCAUGUACAGCGUUUAUAAUGUAGUCAAUACAUGUAGUUGAGUUGCAGAAGAAGCAGAAUCUUUAGACAAUACUAAAAUAAUCAUUGAAGCGGCAGAGACCUGGUGAUAAAUGACGUCAUUAAGUCAAGCCAUCACGCCGAAAAGGAUAAGAUCUGUGCUGAUUGGCUGAUACAGAAAUAAGGAGAAUUGCCCGAUCAACAGUCAGCUUACAACGUCUCUCAGCUGCCAACAAAUCCCAUUACACAUUGAGAUUGCAGUGCAAUCGUUGAUUGAUGCUAAAGCGUCUGACGUACUGGACAGUGUAAUUUUCCAUUGAAUUCAUUGUAGAAAAUACGUUAUAGUCCGCAAUUCUUAUUACACCCAUCUUAAGAAUACUUCCCUGUCAUCCGUACAUACCAGCUGUUAAGACGGAUCAUUAAUUACCAAAAUAUUUGGUAACUAAGGUCAAACAUUUCUUUAAUGAGGUGCUAACGUUACAUUCUUGGUACACUAUCCGUUAUUCGCCACUUUGCCGAUUUCAUUAUCUAGCAAAAUAACGGAUACAAUGCCAGUCGCUGUAAUCAACAAGAAAAGGACGGCAUCACUAAGUGAAAGAAUGCACCUAAUAACAGUUACAACUUCAAUCCAUAACGGACGCUGAGAUAAAUUGGGAAUUAAAUGAAAAGACACGUUAUAAUUGCAAAAACGUUCGCUUCUUCAACUCAAUAUGCUACUUAAAGAUCUUGUUACGAUGGCUUUCUGUAGAUGGUGUCUGGCUGUUCUUCGCAGCAUUCUUAACAGAGCUUCUUGAUGAUGCGUCGAUGGGUCGGAAAGUUUCUGAAUAAUUUGAUAGUGUAUGAGUUGUCUACAUUGACUCUCGAAAUGCAUUGAUACAUGGACAUAGGGAAAUUCGAUAAAUGGUUGAUAGAUGCAGUGAACGAAUGCCAUUUAGUUGAAAGUUGAGGUCGCAACAAUGCUCUGGAAUACACAGGCAGUUUUGCGGGACAGUGUUUCUUACCAAACAUAGCUCUUCUAUCAUUUGGACAUCCAAUGUAUAGAUGACCAGGAAAUAUAUACAGGAACAAAAAAACACGUGAAAUGGAUGUCCCACACAAUUGCUUGAGUAUACACAUGCCUAACAUUCUCGUAUAAUUUGAAUUCGAGAUUAUGUCUUGCUAAGUACAUGUACAUGUACAUGUUUUACAUGUUCUUUUUGAAGAGUUGGAUCAUUUGUCUCCUGGGUGGCGGUAUUUUUGCAAACCAAUGACGUCAUCUGAGCUGGAAAUUCUAGAAAAUAGAUAUUGCGUCUAGAAGUGCCAAAAUAUUGCAAGAAAAUUAUUUUCAGUUAUGUUGCUGAUUUCAACCAGGUUGCAACGAGUUUAAAAUUAAUUUUCUUGUUUGGACGAUAGUCUUGCUGUUAGGACACGUAUUGAAGUAAGUGAUAGCAUCCAAGUUGAAAAGAUGUCCCAGUUUACUGUUUAGAUUUCCCCAAGUUUAGCGCCGGUGUCGCUUCUUAUUGUUGUGGAAGAAAGGCUAGGACAUUACGCCGGCCCAUCUCAAAAGAAAUCAACCCCAUUGCAAGAAGAUGUCAACAGACUGCGGUGAAUAUUUUAACUCUAACUAUAGUCCUGCCUGGCGUUCACCACUCCACUACUAAGUAUUGACAUUCGCGUUAUUUUAGUCACUCUGUAAAUGAUUGGAGAAACCGUGUAAAUAUGA